AUGGAAGAAGACGAUGAAGAAGUUUUAUCUGUCUCCGAGACUAGCGAUUCGAGCGACGAUUUCACCUGCGACGACUCUGAAGAUGGCGAUGAUGGUUUAUAUAGAUCUGGCAGUGAUGAAAAUUGUAAGGGGAAUGACGCCACACGACCAGCUGCAAGUCAUCAAAAAUCACAGAACGUGGAUGCUCUAUUGAGAGGAAAUCUUAUUGUCAAAAGGCAGUCACUACUUCCACGAGUUCUUUCGGUGACGGAAAGAGAAGCUGUUCUUAAGAAGCCUUUUAAACCUCCUUCUGCCGAUGGCUACUCCAAUCAGAAUGAACAACUGGUUCGCCGCCUGUGGGCUCGUAAACGGUUUGUACCUUGGGGUUCAAACAGACCAGCUUUGCUUCCCAUUACAAACAGGGUGAACGUUCCUAUUUCUGUGGAGGAGGAAGUGCCAGAAGAGAGUACCAGCUUGCCACCAGAAAUUGAACCAUUGAUCUUAUGGCAGCCUGAAAAAUCUGAAGAUGGAGAUGGCAAUUCAAUACCUAUAGAAGUGGAUCAUAUACUUGUCAAGUUCCUUCGACCCCAUCAAAGAGAAGGGGUCCAGUUUAUGUUUGAAUGUGUUUCAGGUCUAUGCUCUGCUGAUAUCAACGGCUGCAUUCUAGCUGAUGACAUGGGGUUGGGGAAGACUUUACAGUCAAUUACACUGCUGUAUACUCUUCUUCGUCAGGGAUUUGGUGGAAAGCCAAUGGUUAGGAAGGCAAUAAUCGUAACUCCUACCAGUCUAGUAAGCAACUGGGAGGCAGAAAUUAAGAAAUGGAUUGGUGAAAGAGUUAAGCUUGUUGCUCUAUGUGAAAGUAUUCGUGAAGAUGUCAUCUCGAGCAUUGAUAACUUCAGAAGUCCACACAGCAAAUUACAGGUACUAAUCGUUUCUUAUGAGACAUUUCGCAUGCAUUCAUCAAAAUUCAACGAUAGUGGUUCUUGUGAUCUUCUCAUAUGUGAUGAAGCACACAGGCUGAAAAAUGACCAGACACUGACUAAUAGAGCAUUGGCAGCUCUAUCUUGCAAACGACGCAUUUUAUUGUCUGGGACUCCAAUGCAAAAUCACCUAGAAGAGUUUUUUGCCAUGGUCAACUUCACUAACCCAGGGAUUUUGGGCGACGCUGCGUUUUUUCGACGUUAUUAUGAGACACCAAUCAUUUGUGGAAGAGAACCUACUGCCUCUGAAGAAGAUAAGCAUCUUGCCAAUGAGCGCUCAGCAGAAUUGAGUGCGAAGGUGAAUCAGUUUAUAUUGAGGAGGACUAAUGCAUUGCUAUCCAAUCACUUACCACCGAAGAUAGUUGAGGUUGUUUGUUGCAAGCUCACUCCUCUCCAAACAGAACUGUACAAUCAUUUCAUUCAUUCAAAAAAUGUGAAAAAAGCAAUUGCUGAAGAAGUGAAACAAACAAAAAUUCUGGCAUAUAUAACUGUUCUGAAGAAGCUUUGCAAUCAUCCAAAGCUGAUUUAUGAUACAAUAAAAAGCGGGAUCCCAGGGACAUCAGGGUUUGAGGACUGUAUGCGCUUCUUUCCUCCAGAAAUGUUCUCUGGAAGAUCUGGAUCUUGGACCGGUGGUGAAGGAGCAUGGGUUGAACUAUCAGGGAAGAUGCAUGUCUUGGCUCGUUUGUUGGCUCAGCUGCGUAAGAGAACAGAUGACCGAAUCGUAUUGGUUUCAAAUUAUACACAGACCCUGGACCUUAUUGUUCAAUUAUGUCGAGAAAGAAGGUAUCCAUUCUUAAGGCUUGAUGGGACUACAUCAAUCAGCAAAAGACAAAAGCUGGUCAACUGCUUCAAUGAUCCAUCAAAGGACGAGUUUGCAUUUCUUUUGAGCAGCAAGGCUGGUGGAUGUGGCCUCAACUUGAUAGGAGGAAAUAGACUUGUUCUGUUUGAUCCCGAUUGGAAUCCUGCCAAUGACAAACAAGCUGCCGCAAGAGUCUGGAGAGAUGGGCAGAAGAAGAGAGUAUACAUCUAUAGGUUUUUGAGCACUGGGACCAUUGAAGAAAAGGUGUACCAGCGUCAGAUGUCGAAGGAAGGGCUUCAAAAAGUAAUUCAACAAGAGCAAGCUGAUUCCAAGAUCCAGGGGAACAAUCUUUCGACAGAGGAUUUACGGGAUCUAUUUACAUUUCAUGAGGAUGCAAGGUCUGACAUUCAUGAGAAAUUGAUCUGCACACGCUGUCAGAACUCUGGAGGACAAGCAGCAGAUGAAACGCCUAAUGCGGGCAUGGGGGAUUGUGUUGGACCUCCAAAUGAAGGUUGUCAGUCUGAUGAAGAGGAUAUUGGGGGAUUUGCAGGUAUUUCUGGAUGCUUGCAUAACUUAAGAAGCUCAGAGAAACAGGUGGGUACCCCGUUGGAAGAGGAUCUAGCUAGCUGGGGUCAUCAUUCUUCCCCCAGUACCGUACCUGAUACAAUUUUUCAAGCAUCAGCUGGAGAUGAGGUCACUUUUGUUUUUACAAACCAAAUUAGUGGAAAGCUUGUACCUGUGGAAUCAGUAGUUAGGUCAAAGACGGAUGAAGCAAAUGCAGAUACACACUCAUCAAGGGGUAACUCGAACAAAAGUUAUGUGAUCUCAUCUAAACGUCAACAGACAAUACCGUAUACUAGUUCUAAUAGUGGGUCCAUCAGAAGCAAGCUACCAACUUUCGGUAAGACUUCGCAGUGGACACCCAAGGAGUUUAUAGGAAGACCAAUAGGAGGUAUAGCUCAUGUAGCAUCAAAACCUAAACCUUCUCUUGAAAAUUAUUUGCCUCAAAAGCGACUCUCUUCUAGUCAUGUAGAUGAUGAUGAUGAUUUUGCAUAAAUUCAGUUAAAU